GGGGCCAGGUGGGCGGGGCCGGAGCCGGGCGGAAGUGCUGGCGGCCGGAAAUGGGCGGGUCACCGCGGCUCCGGUUCCCGGCAAGACCGUCGCUGGAGGGCGGACCAGGCGUCUGUGCCCUCGAACCUUCCGAUGGAGUUCCUGAUCCGGCACACGUGGGACGGGCGUCCCGUGACACACGAGCCCGUGCUGGUCAGGCUGAGUCCCGGAGCCGGAGCCGGAGCCGCAGGCCUGCUGCUGGAAGUCAGCGCCCCCCUGUUCAACGACCCUGCAGCCCCCCCCGGAGAGCCCGGGCAGCCCUUCAAGCAGCUGUGGGACUACGAAGUCGUGGAAGCGUUCUUCCUGAAUGCCGAAAGCGAGCAGUAUCUGGAAGUCGAACUUUGUCCACAUGGACAGCACUUGGUGCUCCUGCUCUCUGGAAGAAGGAAUGUGUGGAAACAAGAACUUGCCCUGUCCUUCCGUGUGUCCAGAGGAGAGGCCAGGUGGGAAGGCAGAGCCCACCUUCCCUGGAGCUACUUCCCCCCCGACGUGACCAAGUUCAACGCCUACGCCAUUCACGGGUCUGAGCAGCAGAGGCGCUACGAAGCUCUCUACCCCGUCCCCCUGCGGGAGCUGUGGCAGGCACCGUUGCCGGACUUUCACCGUCUGGAGUACUUCCAGCCGUUCAGUUUCAGCACCCUGUUUGGGCCAGGAUGGAAGCAGCCGGAGUCCAGUCUGUGGUCAGCGGGCACACCGGGCCUGUAGGGACAGAAGACCCCGUCUCAGCCGGUCCUCUGCUCUGCCCGGUCAGCCGGACCCACCCGGAGCCCCUGGGAGAUCCUGUGCACGCGUGGCCAUGGCACUUACUCGGAGGGCACCCCCGGCUGGAAGCUGGAGGCUGGGACGGUGCUGAUCCCGCCCCGAAACACCCAGCGCUGCUGGCCCUGUGGCUGCACCGCCGCCUCCUGCCCGCUCGGCCGCCCCGUACCGCUCCACUCCUCCCAGUCGCCACCGCCGCCACCGCCCUGCGCACCCUCCGCCCCGGCGCUCACCACCCAGCAGAGCUGCCCGGGGCCGGCUUCCGGAAAUGCUGAGGGCCGUCCCGAUGUAAAUCACCAGGGUUACCCAUGGACGUCACUGGGGGUGCAGGGUGUCCUGGCGGCCUGGGCCUCCUGUCUGUAGGAGGCUGGGGAGACAGCAUGAUGGGUCUUCAAAAAGACUCGGGCGGGGGCCACUCAUUUCCCAGGUCCCCAAGUCUGGCUUCUGGGUGGUGGGGAGGGUCCCUCCAGAGAGCCCUGUGCUCACCUCAGCUCCACGUCCCACACGCGAAGAGGCCGGGCAGCUUAGACUAAACUGCUGUCAGCGCAUUUUGGGAAGGCCUGCCUGUCACUGUUUCAAUCAAGGAGUUACAUAACUGGGAGAAUUUGGGAAUUAUGUGAAGUUGUACCCCUCUUCUCCUAUGGUCUUGUCAAUAUUUUCAUUUUAUAAAUAAAAGUUACAAAAAUAAAACAGAACUCUAGGAGACCCUGG